AUGAGUCCAUUCAAGAUAAUCAUCGUGGGCGGAGGAAUAGCCGGCCUGGCUGCCGCGAUCGCGCUACGGGAUGAUGAACGCGAUAUAACUGUCCUGGAACAAUCGUCCAUAAGCCAAGAAAUCGGAGCAUUAAUCUCACUACAGCCGAAUGCCUCCAAGAUCGUCGAAGACCAAUGGGGACUUGGAUCACGUCUCCGCGAGCAGGGCUCCAUGAUUGACGAAGCCUUCGAAAUCUACAAUAUCAAGGGUGAACUGCAAUCGCAGAUUCUCCUCUCAGCCGUUUCAUCCAAAUACGGCGCCGACAGAGUCUGCUAUCAUCGGGCCGAUCUGCACCAGGCGCUGAGAGAGAGGGCAACAUCGCCUGACUACCCCGGUCGGCCGGUGGAGUUACGACUCUCGAGUAGAGUACUAGACUGUGAUUGUGAGAACGGCACGCUCCGCAAGGCCGUGCUGGGCGAGGAUAUGGAGGCUCGUCCAACGGGUCUAUCGGCGUACCGAAUGAUGAUUCCGACCGAUGAGCUUGUCAAGGAAACGGACUUUAUGCAGGUUAUUGACCCUCGGAAAUGUCGUACGGCCAUGGUCAUAGGCCAAGACCGUCGGCUCGUCAUGGGCCCAGCACGAAAUGGCUCUGUCUAUGGUGUGGUAGCUCUCGUUCCUGACGAGAGAAUGAAUGAGUCUUCCAAGGACACGAGCUGGACAACAAAAGGCGACCGCGGUAAAAUGCUGGAUACGUUUUCUAAUUUUCCGACGUGGGCCCAGAGACCGCUUCUAUCUGCCAAGGAGGUUGGUCUAUGGCAGCUGCGCGACCUGGAUCCCUUGUCCACCUGGUGCCGCGGCCGUGUGCUGUUGAUAGGUGAUGCUGCACAUGCGAUGCUUCCGACUCAGGGACAGGGCGCAGGUCAAGCUGUUGAGGAUGCCGAAGCUCUUGGUGCAUUUUAUAAGGACUUUGAGAAGAGACACCCCGAUCGGUCCUUGAGCGACGUGCGCAAGACCAACGAGGAUAUCUUUAACUGCCGGUAUGAGAGGCUACCACGAUACAAAUGUAUAGUCGCCAAGCAGCGAAGCCGGGUACAGAUUCGACCGAAAACCGAGUGA